AUGAAGGCGGUUGCCCUCCUCGCGUGUCUGCUGGCCACAGCGGCUACCAUGCCGGCUGAGAGCACAGUGUCUUACAAAGGGCACAAGGUCUUUCGAGUGCCGGUCGUGGACGACGGCGCGCAUAUCCAGAGCCUGAUUGAUCGUCUGGGUCUAAGCGCCUGGCAGCCUCCCUCCAAAAAGGGCUCUUUUGCUGAUGUUCAGGUCGCGCCCGGCCAGCUGAGAGCCUUCGAGGAAGCGUUGGAGGGACGCAGCUUCGAGAUUAUGCACCGUGAUCUCGGAGACUCGAUUGCUAGAGAAGGCUCCAUGCAUGGGUAUGCUGCCGGCUCGGCCAAUGCCUCCUGGUUCACGUCGUACCAUGCAUACAGCGACCAUCUGCAAUGGAUGAGCGACAUCGCCGCACAGUACUCGGGCAAUGUCAAGAGUGUGACGUCGGGGACCACGGGUGAUGGCAAUAACAUCACGGGCCUCCACAUCUUCGGCAGCAGCGGCGGCGGCAAGAAGCCAGCGGUUGUUUUUCACGGCACCGUCCAUGCCCGUGAAUGGAUCGUUGCCAUGACUCUCGAGUACAUUGCCAACGAGCUCAUCACCAAGUACUCUUCCGACAGCCUCAUCAAGGAUGUCGUGGACAAGUACGACUUUUACGUGUUCCCCGUUGUCAAUGUUGACGGAUUCAAGUACACGCAGACUUCGGACCGGAUGUGGAGGAAGAACCGGGCUCGCAACCAGGGCUCAGGUUGUCUUGGGACUGAUCCCAACCGCAACUGGCCAUACAAGUGGGACGGCCCUGGAUCGUCAAAGAACCCUUGUGCUGAAAGUUAUCGAGGCACAUCGGCCGGUAGCAGCCCGGAAGUCAAGUCCUACAUCGCCUUCCUUGACGGGAUCCAGAAGAGCCAAGGCGUCAAGGUAUACAUUGACUGGCACUCGUACUCCCAGCUGUUCAUGACCCCGGCACCCAACAAUGCCGCCUUGCAGGCGCUCGCGAAAGGUGCUUCUGACGCUAUCGAGGCAGUUCACGGGACCGCCUUCGCACAUGGCCCGAUCUGCAACGUCAUCUAUCAAGUUGCGGGCGGCUCUGUUGAUUGGGUCCAAGACGUCCUCAAGGCCGACAACGUUUUCACCAUUGAGCUGCGUGAUACGGGCGGUUAUGGAUUUGUCCUACCGCCGGACCAGAUUAUACCCUCUGGAGAGGAGAGCUUUGCGGGCGCCAUGUAUCUUUUCCAGCAGAUGACUUGA